GUCUGGAUAGUGAGGCGAGCUUGGAGUUUAUUCUCCGCAAUUGCUCAGCUUUAUUCCUUAGUUUUUCCCAGUACGUCUUUUUUUUGUGUGUCUGCCUACCAUAAUCUUCCCCCACCAUCCUUGCAGUACUGUUGCAAUGCCAAAAUAAAACUGACAAGGAGAAUUCAUCGACCAUCUUUUGGAGGAGAGUCUUUAACCACAAAACUGCAUAAAUGUGGGUGGCCCCAGUUUGAAGACAAGGCAGUGAUCCUCAUAUCGAGUUUUUCGUUGUGAGAGUCGCCGUGCGUUUGGACCCUGUGCGGGAGCCGUCGUCGCGCUGUUAAUUCCCGGAUGUAGGGCGGGCCUUCUCUCCGUCUUCCUCUCGGUCGCCGCUCAGCUUCAGGUGCCGUACCUCCACCGCUGGAUCCGCCGUCACCAUGCCUCGUCAUAUUUGUGAAAUCAAAGAUUUCUUGCUAACAGCAAGAAGAAAGGAUGCAAAAUCUGUGAAAAUCAAGAAGAACAAAGAUAAUGUAAAAUUUAAAGUACGGUGCAGUAGGUAUCUGUACACACUAGUCAUCACAGACAAAGAAAAGGCUGAAAAACUCAAACAGUCCUUGCCCCCAGGUUUGGCUGUCAAAGAACUCAAGUGAAGAGCUACAAUUUCAAUGUUCAGAUCUUAUUGAAAUAAAAUGACAAAAGGC